CGCAACUUUGCUUGUGGGCAUGCGAUUGUUAGGUCAAAUGGCUUCCAACGACUCACAUGGGCGCGAUGUCAUUCAUCCCAUAGCGGGAAGGAGCGCCAUGAGACUCCGUGUGAGUCAAUCUUACCAGAAAUAGUUGGAUAAAUACCUACGUAUAGAUGAAUACUUGCGUGGUGGUAUGCGCUCUAUGUUGUAUACAUCACCUUAGCAGUCUCCCUCAAUCACGCCAAUGGUCUUCGGCUUCGACAGUAGCACACACCCGGGACAAACACACUCUGCGAACGGCUACGGCUCCCACUGCAGCGUUUCAAAACCAAACCACGCCACGUUUGCUAUUCUUUCUUCUCCUCCAACACUGUCAGUUCUGCGCUGCUCUCCUUGGCGUCGAGCUUCUCCUCAACCCAACCGCUAGCGUCCGUCUCCAUCAUGGGCGGUUCCGCUUUCUCUUCGCGGCCAGAUGGGCUAUACACCCCUCGGAUGCCCAGUGAAGUAUAUCGGCGCGUAGUCUCUGCUUGCCAUGCCGUGUUGCGUGAACUCUUCAUUUGCGUGGCCACGCCAAUUGAGGGGCCGGGAAAGAACGACCACGGCGAUAUCGACGUCCUCGUCGCUCUCGAGAGGCGGGUGGUAUUCCCAAAGACACCGGAGGACUCAGUACCUAAGACACCGCACGAGUUGAUGGAAGCCAUUAGGGGCCUCCUCCGUGCCGAGUAUGCCAUCGUCCAGCCGACGGGGGAAUCAGCUAAUCUGGCGAUACGGUGGCCUUCGGACAUGGAGCACCUCCUUCCCAACACUCAAGCGUCAAAAGAUAAAUACAUACAGGUCGACGUCCGUAUCUGCCCGGGCAUCGACCAGCUCUGCUGGACCCUUUACAAGCAUGCCCAUGGCGAUAUCUGGAAUCUCAUCGGCAGCACCAUCCGACCAUUCGGCCUUACGGUCGACGAGGAAGCGCUCUGGCUGCGGAUACCCGAGAUCGAAAAGCUCGACCGCAGGAAGGCCAGGGUGUACCUUACCCGUGAUCCCGUCGAGAUUCUGCAUUUCCUGGGCAUGAAGGUCGAGGGAUUCUGGUCCGAGCCCUUUGAGUCAGUCGACGCCCUCUUCGACUACGCUACAACCUGCCGGCUCUUCUGGGUCCGAGAUACCCCGGAUGGUGAGGCGGAGGAUGAGGCAAACGAGGUUGGCGUUGCUGGCGGAGAACAGGGACGGAGAAGGCUCACGGCGAACGACCGUCGGCGGUUAAGGGGCCGCCCGGUCUACCGGCGCUGGCUCGACGAGUUCAUCCCUGGCCUCCGUGCACAGAGGAAAUUCAUUCGCAGGGGCCCCGGCACAUCGGUUGAGGAGAUGCGCGCCACGGUUCGGAGCGAGGCUUUUGCGCGCUUCUUCGUCGAGCCGGAGUACAAACGCCGACUGAGAGAGUGGCGGCUGAAGAGGGAAGGCGCGCAGGCGAAGUCCCUGAUCAAGCAAGUGGUCCCCAGCGAACUUGAUUCCCAAUUCAGAUCGAUCUUGGUGUCGGCGAUGAGGAAGAUCCUCAUGCAAGGCGACACUUCCUUUGGCAUGGCUGCGCCUCCAGAUGUGAAGGACGCUGAUGGAUUCUACGACAUGCAAAUCAUCCGUAGCUUCGUGGAGAAGAACUGGGAACCGGUGGGCGAGGCUGCAUGGGAGAUACAACUACAGAAGGCGCAAGAAGCGAUGCGCCUGAAAGCUUGUACCCGGAACACAGAAGUGUAGAUGCGCGUAGAGGGAGGGAUUGACUACCUAACCGCAUUGCAUUGGGAUAUGUGGCUGGCGGAUUUCACUCGACCAUGAUAGCAUGAUUACGGAUGGGGGAUGCGGAUUUCACUCGGCGGCAAUGAAUUGAUCGAAAAGCGCAUACGCUCAACGCAAUAAGAU